GCGUCCUUUUGCACUGUAAGAGCAGGGAACCUGUUUUUCUUGUCUUCACAGUGCAGAAAGUUUAAGCAAACAAGGAUAUCUCAGAAAAUAGAGAGAAGGUGCUUCAGACGGUUUUGUGCUGCAUCACAUAUGAUGAUGAAGUGAACGCAACACAAAAUUAAAUGGAAAGAAGAUACAUUACCAGGGUGAUAACCGAGGAAUGGAGAUACUUCAAAUCUAACCAAUCCUCGUAUUCCAUGUCCACAGUCUGGUUUCUUCAACCCUGAUUUGCACUAAUUAAGGACUACCUUACCCAAUGUAAUAGUAGCUUUUUAUUUUGAACAGGGAUAUGAGGUCACCCACUUCCUUCCAACUUUCCUUCGCAAGUCUACGAAUGCCUUUCUCAGAUAGCGUCAAAUACACUCUAUUGGGCAUCUCGGUCUUUCUGUUUGCAAUUGCAACGCUCAUACUAACAUGGCAGUUGUAUCAAUACUGCAAGCGCAAACCAAAACCCAGUGGAAAAGUAAAGAGCUAUCAAAGUGUGGAUGACAAACAGGCAGGGAAUAUUAUUUUUGAAGCAGCGGAUAAAGAUUCAGAUAUUCAGAAGCAUGAUUACAAGGUUCAAAAACUCGAAGAUGAAAUCAAAAAAUUGAGCAGAUGCCUUUCAGCAACUUCGUCGAUUAGUGAGCAAGACAGCGCUGACUUUCAGAGCAUCACAGAGGCGGACGCUCAGGUGAACAUCCACGGGAAGCUCAGAUUCUCCGUGUCCUAUGAUAGAGAGCAGUCCCAGUUUGCCCUGACAGUCCUGGACGCUACAGGUCUCCCGGUCCGAGACUUCAACCAAAGCGUUGACCCCUUCGUCAAGGUAAAGCUGCUGUCCGGACCGCUAUCCGAGAAGUCUAAUCUCCAGUGUGUCCUUCAGGAGUGGGAAACCAAGAUAGUGAAAAACAGCAGGAACCCUGUCUUUGGAAGCCAGUUCUCCUGCCCACUGACCGAGAAAGAACUGAAGACGAUUACUGUCAAAUUAGAGGUCAGAGACUUCGACAGAUUCUCAAGACACAGUGCUCUUGGAGAAGUGAGGACGUGCUUGAACAAUUUAAACCUGUUAUCACAUCCGGUCGAGAUUUCGGAAGAACUACAGAAGUUAAACAAGGACUUGGUUGGAGAAAUACUUCUGUCUCUAAAAUAUCUUCCUACUGCCCAGAGAAUAGAAGUGGGGCUCCUAAAGAUUAAAACAGCUUCACUGACCAGCAAUCAAGAUAAAGCUUUAUAUGCAAGAGUCACCAUAUUCUGCAACCAGUGUAGGUUGAAGCAGCAGAAAACCACUCUGAAGCCUAAGUGGGGAAUUACUGUAUUCAAUGAGGUCCUGACAUUUUCACUGCUAGACUCUAACAUAAGGGAGUGUGUGAUUGCUGUUUCUGUUUAUGAAACUAUCGUCCAUCAAAAAAAUAGCAAGCGCCUGAUUGGACAAGCUAUCCUGGGGAAAAGGAAGGCCGGUGAAGAUGAGCACUGGUGUCUGAUGAUGCAAUCCCUACGCCAGCCAAUCGCAAAGUGGCAUUCUCUUGUAAUCUAAAAGUGUGGUUUCUUUGGUUGCCAGCUAUGGUGCAAAACUAUUUUUGAGAACCUCCCGCCACAACACUGUCAAUUGAGUGUUGGCCAGCAUAGUUGGUUCCCAUUGCAGAUCAGAUGGGGGUCGGGGCAAUUCGAGCAGAUGUAUGCACCUGCCAACCAAGCAUCCACUAUCAGGUCUCCUGUCAAGGUCUGUCAGAUCUGUUGUCUUGCCCAUCAUGACUGAAACUGACUUGAAACAGGGACUUGCAGCCUUUAUAUAUUAGAGAAUAAUUGUCUGGGAUUACAGCCUGUUUUUUGGGUUUUUUUUUUUUUAAAAAGAAGCAGAACAACUGGCUAACUGACAUAUUUUCCUUUCUAAAAACAUUCUGGUUUAUUUUUAUAAUACAAACUAUCUAUUGGGUCAGUCUUGUUGGUUAGAUUUGAGGAAAUACAAUAAAUAUAUUUUUCUUUAGUUCAUCCUUUAAUGUCUGGAUAUAUGUGGUAUUUGAAAGACUAGGGUAAGAGUUAAAAACACAUUGUGGAAUUGAAUGAAAUGGAAGAGCCCUGAAAUAAUAAAGGACCUGUUUGGUACAAUAUUCUAUAAAUUAAAUGGAUUGCAAGAUCUAAGUUUGUUUACUGAUUUUGAAAACAACAGCGCUAGGCCAUUAAUGGGAGGCAAUUGUGCACUUCUGUGCCGAGUCCACUGGAGAGAGUCAGAGUGAUUCAUACUGCCCUGUAGUGUGAGGAGAGGAGAUACGUUUCACUUCAUUGUCUACAACAGACAAUAAAGUGUUAAUUUCCCCCUCAAGAGACUUUCCAAGGGGCCAUUUAGAAUUCUUCCUGAGAGGAAUUUAUAUGGAAGAUAAAAGCAAUUCACUUUGAUUUGAUGUACUUUUUCCCUUUGUGGAAAGUUUCACAAUAACAUAUAUAUAUAUAGUUUAAAUUGCUGCAAAUGUGUAUUAAGGCUGUAUGCAUGAAACUUUUAUUCACAGGUUAUUUUAAAGCCUGUGUUGAUAAAUACAUUUGGGUUUGGUAUUCAAGAGUAGUUCAUGAGUGUUUCUAAACAGAAUAGAGAGUGUUUUGAAACAUAAGAAUAAUUUCAGAAUGAUUGUGAAUAUUGUCACUUUAUUUCCUAAUGAGCAGUGCAUUGUUCUAGUGAACCUCAUGCCCUUAUUAAAUAGCCCAUAGUACAGUGCAGUUUAUGCAAAGAAAAAAUAGUGUGGUGAUAAGAAUUGAUAUUUCUUAUCACUUAUCAUGUUUGUUCUUGGCGUAACUUUCACACAGGUUUGUGCAAGUAUUCAUUUGGGGCAAAAGCCUAACUCAUGGCUAUUAUACAAAAAUGUUCAAAUUAUUGUUCGAUCUCUUGCCUGUAAAACGCUGUACAGUAUAUGAAAAUUGUGAUUGGUUAUUGUAACCUUAUAGAAAAACUUGAAAAAUACUGCUCAAAUACCACAAUACCAUGCAGCAAUCUAUUGCCAUGAGCAAACCAUCAGCUACAUAAUGGAUUCAGGACAAAUAUUGCUCAGUGCUCCUGGUACUAAUAUGGUGCAUGGUUCUGUAAUGGAUUGUCAUUGUGUAUUGGAUCUUACCAUUGUGAUACUCUUGAUAUGUCCAAGUAACAUGUCACCAUCAUGGUACAGUACCCAUACUAUUGUUACUGCCAUUUACUACCAUUGCCAUGCACUGCCAUUGAAAAUUAUUUAGAAAGAUUUUGACAUGUAACAUCUGACAUCCCAUUAAAUCUCAUUGCUUCAGUAACCAAUUAGUUAUCUGUCUCUUUUUCAUCUGGUUUAAAAUGGUUCAAAGUGGCAUCGCUGCAAUGUAGAUAAGGUUCUGAUCAAACCUGAACCAUUCCGAAUCCUAACCCAACUUCAAACCCAACAUGGACUCGCUAUAAAGAUAACAUCCCCGUGGAGCAGGGCAAGGGGCUGACCGGUCUCCCUCAGCUGGCUGUUUUAUCCUUUGAGAACAGCAGAAAAGUACUGAUCAGCUACUUGGAAUGUAGUAUUGUUUCUAAAGGUCACCUGAUUUCUUUUGUAAACCUGCUUCA